AUGGAAAAAACGCAUCUAUGUCCAACGCGCGUUGUCUUCUCAGCGUCGCAUCCGCACCAAGGCUUGCCUUUGGGCUUCAUCUUGGUGGGUUUGCGCGCGCACUGCAUCCUGGAAUGUCCACCAUUGCUAGUGGCCCUGGUGAAUCUCCUGCCCUUUGCUUCAGGCGUUUUAUCUCGUCUCAGCUGGGGAAUGGAGAACAUCAUCGCCUAUGACCUGUUGAAGGUGGUCACUUUAAACUUCCUUUCUGCCUUGCUGUUUCGAAGCAGCCACUCCGUAAAGCUGGUCUGCUUCGCCUGUUCCUCCGUGGUAGUAGCAGCCUUGCUCCCCCUGCAGUUGCUCUUCGAUGAUCGCCGCCACAGGUUGCGCUGGCAAGAGGGGCUCAUCCUGUACUCAAUCUUCAUGCUGAUGUUGCCCCUCGUCCUUGGUCAUGCGGAUAAGACGACGCUUGGCCGAGGGAUCACGACGCAACCAGUGGAUCCGUUGGACAUUUCGCAUACCGGGAUUUCCGGCGCCCUGCGCAUGCGAAGACAGGACGCGGUUCCGGGUGAUGCAACUCUUAGAGUUCCUGUAAGCCAGUGCUUCCUGGCAGGAAGUGAGCUGUUGGCGUGCAAAGGGGCUGGGCCUGAGAAUGAGCCGACCAGCCAGGUAGCGCUGAAGCAGAAGCUGUUGAGGCAGCUCCGGGAAGUUUCUGACAAGGCGGCGAAGGUUUACGAGCUCAGCCCUGAUGAUAGGCUGCACUUCGCCCAAGUGUUGAGCUUUCUGCACACCUACAUGGUAAAAGUCAUCGACUGGGUGUCGCAGAAUUUUGCGCGCUCCAUUUCGGUGGAAAGCAACUUGAACGAUGCCCGUGAGGGUGCAGGAUCGGCCUCCAACGAUGUCAAGAAGGCGGCACAACGGAAGUACGUGCAGGGUAAGUUCCAGUCCAGCGGUUCUUCCAGAAGUAUGCAGGUGGAACCCAUCCCGGAGCAUGCCGGCGUGAAGCAACCGGAGAGCCACUUCUUUGAUGGGGAGGAAGACUUUACCUACUCAACAAUUGUCAAUGCGAUGAUGUAUUCUUUGGCACAGUCUGGCGGUCAAGGAACACCUCCCUUGGUUUCCGAGGAGACCGCGGAAGUUCUGAUGUCGCAGUUUGGUAAUUGGGACUUUAACGUCGUGGGCUUAUCGGAGGUUUUAGGCUCUCAGACCUUGCGGGUGAUGGCCACCAAGGCCUUAACGCCUUAUGCGGAGCGCUUGGACAUUGCACUCACCGCAGGAUUAUCGAUGCCCCUUGGCAUUGUGAUGAGUGGGUCGGAAGAUGAAGAGGAAACGACCGACUGCGCCUUGGAGAGCGUAUUGCAAGGGAUCGAAAGUCGCUACAAUCGAAGCAAUCCCUAUCACAACAGCGUGCAUGCGGCAGAUGUGGUGAAUAGCAUCGCCUAUUUUUUCACGCACUUCAACAAAUCUGCAGAAUUUACGGACCGCGAAAUCUUUGCAGCCCUCCUAGCAGCUGCUGCGCAUGAUGUAGGCCACGAUGGGAAAACGGGUCGAUAUCACACCACCACUGAAUCGCCUUUGGCGUUGCUGUACAACGAUAGUAGCGUUCUGGAGAUGAUGCAUUGUUCCAUCUUUUUUGCGGUACUCAGAUCCCAGGGUACUCACCUGUUGAACGACUGGGAGACCUCAGAGCGGCAAGGCUUUCGACAGCAAGUGAUCAGGAUGAUCUUAGAUACCGAUCUGGCAAAGCACUUUGAUCAGGUGAAAAAGUUCCGGGAAAAGAACCUGGAGAGUGAGAAAGACUCCGAGGAACGCACUCCGGAGCAGAGACAGGACAUUUUGAGCUUCAUGCUAAAGCUCAGCGACAUAGGUGGUAGUGCGAAACCAUUUGCCCUCCAUGCCCAAUGGGCCACACGCAUCCAAUCGGAGUUUUUCUUGCAGGGAGACUUGGAACGUGAGGUGGGAUUGCCAUGUUCGCCCUUUUGCGACAGACAGGUGCAGAAAGUGGCAGAAAGCCAGCAGGGUUUCUACACCUACAUCGUCAAGCCGCUGUAUGAUUGCCUGGUGCCCUUUCUGCGUAGUGCUCGAUUGAAUUUGGAGGUGCUGCAAAACAUCACGGAGAAUGAAGAGUUCUGGGCCAGGUAUGACAAUACCAGGUUCCACUACCAUGACCCGAUCUCUUCAACCAGCGAUCUGGUAAAGCAGUUCCUGUACCGACCCAAUCGAGCCUGGGCCCCUGAGAUCCCCUCGGAUCACUGGGGGAUCCCCGAGUCACCAUGA